CCAUGGUCACCUUUGCAUUUUUUUGGUGAGGCCCAUAAGAAGAGGAACCUUGUAAGGAUUUUGGGUUGUUGCGUAGAAAAAGAAGAGAAGAUGCUGAUCUAUGAAUACUUGCCAAAUAAGAGCUUGGAUUCUUUUAUUUUUGGAAUUGUAGACCUUCAUCAAGACUCAAGGUUGAGAAUCAUCCAUAGAGACCUAAAAGCAAGUAAUAUUCUACUAGAUGCUGAAAUGAACGCAAAGAUUUCAGAUUUUGGUAUGGCUAGAAUAUUUGGAGGAGAUCAAGUUGAAGCAAAAACAAAGCGUGUUGUUGGAACAUAUGGCUAUAUGUCACCAAAAUAUGCAAUGCAAGGAUACUUCUCUGUCAAAUCUGAUGUGUUUAGCUUUGGAGUACUGCUAUUAGAAAUUAUUACAGGCAGAAGAAAUAUUGGAUAUUACCCUGACAGUCUUACCUCAAAUUUGAUUGGACAUGUUUGGGAAUUAUGGAGAAACGGCAAAGGCAUGGAAAUAGUUGAUUCAUCAUUAGGAGGGACUUAUCCUGCAGCUGAAGUUUUGAGAUGCAUUCAGAUUGGGUUGCUGUCCCUGCAAGACAGUGCAACAGAUAGGCCAAAAAUGUCAGCUGUUGUUGCCAUGUAAGGCAACGAUUUUUUUCUUCCUUCACCUUAACAACCAACAUUUAACAUCAAGAAAACCAACAAAAACGAUGAGACGAGUGGUAGUGAAGGCACUGGCUCUGUCAAUGAGGUGACUCUUACUAUGCCUCAAGCUAGCUAGAUGAUCAGGCUCUUUAAAAGUUGUAGAAAUUGGAAAGGUUCCAAUAUGUAAUAGGACUUUGAAUGAUCUAUUCAGGCA